UAGUAACUUUGACCCUGUCAAACUCAGUCAUGGCGGCCUGGUGGUAUGCCUUCGUCGUCCUACUUUUUAGUGGUAUUUCUGUCGUUGUUAGCGGAAAAUGCCCUUGUGAAGAUCCGUCAUUAUGCGACACAAUCUCAAGACCGCCAGGAAAAGAAUUCCUAAUGUUUUCCACUAAGCCGAACGAUUGGAGAAAAUACGAUUGGGGAAAAGUGACGACGAUUGCACUGUUUCGACCAUGGGAUGAUGAACUGAUGUGCGAAGCUCACAAGAGAGGAGUACGAGUUGUUUUGGCAGCAAAUUUUCCGACAGAAAAACUUAGCAGCAAGGAAAUAAGGACAAAGUGGGUGAAGAACCUAACUACUGAAGCCUUGGCCCGGCGUGCCGAUGGAGUCAAUAUUGAUAUUGAAUCACCAAUACCCAAGAGGUCCAGGGAAGUCACACUGCUCACAAAGCUGGUUAAUGAAACUGCAACAGCCUUCCGUGCUGCAGUCAAAAAUGCACAGAUAUCUUUUGAUGUAGCGUGGUCUCCUGACUGUGUUGAUGGACGAUGUUAUGAUGCAGAAGCUCUUUCUCAAGUGGUGGAUUUUCUUGUUGUAAUGGCAUAUGAUGAGCAGAGUCAGAUCAAAACUGGAGAUUGCAUAGCAAAGGCAAACUCACCCUUGAAACAAACAGAAGCUGCACUGGAAGAAUAUUUAAGUCUUGGAAUCAGACGAGAGAAACUGGUGCUUGGCUUACCAUGGUAUGGGUAUGACUACCCAUGUUUGGAACUGGUUGACAACAGGAUCUGCAAGAUUAAGCAUGUUCCAUUCCGAGGAGUAAACUGCAGUGAUGCUGCUGGCAGACAGAUUGAGUAUGCAGAAAUUAUGGACCUGUCUGUCAGCAGAGCAUCCUCUGGUCCCCAGAAGGAUGAAGAUUCUGAGUCAUACUUUUUCAACUAUGAGGACAGUGUGGGUGGAAAACACCAGGUUUGGUUUGAUAAUCCUGACAGUUUGAAAAUAAAGUAUGAUUUUGCUGCUAAGGAAAAUUUGACUGGCAUUGCCAUUUGGAAUGCAGACUUGUUGGACUACAGUGACAUCCCAAGAGCUAUGUUGGAAACCAAGAAAAUGUGGGAUGCUUUGCAUCAUUGAAUUACACAUUUGAAGCAUUUCAAAGCUUAACCUGUUGAGAUCUCUGCUUUUUAAAUUAUGCAUGCCUAGAUUCGUGACAACCAUACUAGAACCAAAGUAUUGUGUUGAUUGAAUUUUGAAUCCAGUCAUGAUUUUGCCUUUUUAACAUCAAGCACAAACAACUGUUCUCUGAUCUUACUGACGACAAAUUAACACUUUAUAAUUAUUCACCUUUUUUUUUCUAAUUUUCCCUGAUUCAUUUUAUUCUUCAAGCCCAAUUAUUAUGGGUGCAAGUCUCAAUUUUUUCAUAAAGGGAGUCUCCUUUUCAUGCCCAUUUGCCCAUAAACAAAGCCCAAAAUAUCUCAUGUUCUACUGCAACCCAAAAAAAGAAAGUUGAUUUUUUUUCUUGUAAAUCUGGAAUUGAUGUACCAGUAGAUUGCAUCAAUUAGGUUUAACUUUGAACAUCAGCUCUAACAUUUUGAAUGAAAUUUUUGUCCUCAAGGGAGGCAGAAACAAGUUAAGCAGUGACAGCACUAGCCUCUUAACCCUUAAAACUUUCUGAACUGAUUUACAUGUAACUUCUCUGUACAAAAUUAACACAUUUUCCAGCACACAAGUGAUGAGAAUCAACAAAAUCAUCAUCUAGACAGGGUAUUUCCUAAUGAGACUAAAUUCUCAGUACCACUUUCCAAGGAAUUUUACAGCAGAUACAACAUGUAGUAGGAAAAAUUACUGAAUGAAUCAGAAGGUGAAAGUUGAAAGGUUAACAGUUUUAUGCACCAUUAGAUCAUGAAGGAUUGAUCAUGGAUUGCAUGCAAGAGCCAGUUGUCUGGAGUCCUGAUGGCUGAUGGUUUCAAGUUUCAAACAGAUAUUUAUGCUAUAUUAGUACAACUUGUUACAUAAGAGAAAACAUGUUUUUGUCCAUUCAAAAAUGAAAAAUCAAAGUAUAUUUUUAAGUAUCAAAUAGCUGAUAUGUAAUCAGAAAAUAGAAAUCAAACAAAAAAAUUAAAUAAUGAAAUAUGGAAUCAGAUAAAAAUGUCUUCAAAUAUUUUAAAUGUAUUGAAUUGCUAUGAAAUGGAAAGUGUAAGUUGAGAUAACAACAUUAA